GCCAGGACUAAUGAAUUAAAAAUCUUGGGCUCGCCACAGCCUGCUGUUUAAUAAUGCCUGUGACAGAAGGAUUUUUUCCUCCCUGAAGCAUGACAGCAUCAUAAUCCCUUGCCACUGGAAAGGAGAGGAAGGAAAAGUGGAAUUGUGAAGAAAAGCGGAAAAGGGUGAUCUUCUGGGACGGCAAAGCCCAUGGGAAGUGCAGGUAGCAGCAUGUUGCCCUGACAGCUGUCUCAGCUUCUCAGACCUUGUCAGUUUGUUGCUAUGCAGCAGGUGCAGCCUUUUCUUUUAUUGAAGCUUUACUCCAUAAAGGCAACGACAAGCCAAGGCAGUGGCUGGCCCUGGAUUAUACAAGUGCAGACACUCCACUAAGUGAGGGUCUCAUCUCAUUAAAACCGCUUUUUGGAGCUGCUGGUCUCAGAAGAAGUACCAAGGACUGCGUAAGGUCCUGAUCCGGGAGGCAAACCCAUGCAGAAAGACCCCUACAACUGCACAGAGGUCCGCUGAAGAACCGCUACCAAGAACCAGGCAGCAUUGCCACGAGUGAAGGCUUGCUGAAGGGGCAAUGGCGGGGAGCAAGCAGCUGGAACAAACAAGUAAAAGCAUUGGCUCAAGUGCCCACAUGAUCACCACCGCCAGGGUACCUGCUGAUAAGCCAGUACGAAUUGCCUUCAGCCUGGAUGAAUCCCCAGAUGAUGAUGCUCCUGAAAACUCCUUCCCUUUGGCAUUUCCAGAACUAGAUCAGCAGCUGCAGCCUCUGCCUCCUUGUCAUGACUCUCAGGAAUCAAUGCAGGUGUACAAACAACACUGCAAAAUAGCAGAAGAGUAUCAUGAGGUGAAAAAAGAAAUUGCUCUGCUGGAAGAAAGAAAAAAGGAGCUGAUUGCCAGACUGGAACAAGUGGAAAAAGAAAGCAUGGAUGCUGCUCAGCUGGCCAAGGAGUAUGCAGAACUGACAGAGGAGAACCGAACACUGAAGCUGGCCCAGACGCAGUGUGUAGAACAACUGGAAAAGCUUAGAAUACAGUACCAAAAAAGGCAGGGAUCCUCCUAACUCUCAACUAGCUUAUGUCAGGCAGUUAAUACAGGAUUGAUCCUGUGCUGGAAAGAGAUUUUAAAAUAAUGGUCUGUUUAAUAUGUUAUAAUACUUUACUACAGAUACAGAGUAUGUAGAAGUCUAUAUUUGAUUUAAUGCUUGCCAGCCAGUAGCUUAAUAUAAUGGAUAUUUCAUCCAUUAUAUAAUGGAUAUUUUAUUUCAAGUAACAUAAUUGAAGUUAAUCUAUCCCCAUUAUAUGUUCUAGUAGAUCAAGUUUCUCUUCUAAACAUAUUUCUUCCAAUUUAAGAAGAUAUGGACACGCUAGAAAAUGAUAUAAAUAGUCUCUGUGUUGGGAAUUUGGACCAUACUAAGGCAUACAGCGGGGACAGUGUUAAUAUAUGGAAUACACGUAUGUUAAUUUUAGUUUGGUGAAGAUUUUUUAAAUUAUCUUCCUCAUGCCUAAAGUGUUUGGAAGUUAUCUUAAAACGGAUCUCCUCAUGGGUAAAAACUAGACCUUAUUGUCCCAUGUCAGCUCUAUGCUGUUGUAUAAAAGGAGAUAAAUUGUACAUGAAAACUGAAUUAACCCAGUUCCUAGUCAUGAAGUGAGGGUACUGACAACAAUAAUUUGCAAGUUUUGGAAUUGCAAGGAACAGAUGAGAUCAGGCUUUCCUUCCCCAAAGGUAGAUGACCUGAGAGUCUUUUUUUAUCGUGCUCUUUGCCACAUGAGAAAUGAAAAGUUAAUAUAUGAAGGCUACCGUCAUAGUUGUAACUGAGAACAUGUCAGUAAAUGUACUGUGAGGGUAUUUUGUUCUCAUCUUCUGGUCUGUUUGGAAACGUAACUAACUAUAAGUACAGACAAGAGUUCUGUAAUACACAAAUAACCUGGAAUUAAAAUGCUUGUUUUACUUGCUCUAUUUAUCCCUGUAUUUUCCUAAUUCAAUUGAAAUUCUUUGUUAUACUUCCAUUUCUAUUCAUACAGUAUUUUUUUCAUUAAAAGCAAAGACAGAAAAACCA